AAACUUAACUUUACCCCGUUGACUCUGCUCGUCAUGGCUCAAGCGCUGACUCUCUUGCAAAGGACACUACUGGUAAGUCUGCUUGCGACUGUCGGCGUACUGCUUGCAUAUGGCUACCAGGAUGUGCAUUUGGUUCCGGGAAAGCACUACUUGGCCCAGAACAUGCAGCCAUUGCACAAAAUUGUGCGCAAAUACAUGCGCUACUCGACAGCUGCAACCGCAUUCGUCGAGCUCCAGAAGGGCUGGUCAUCGUGCGGACUGGCGUGCAAAAGCCAGGACGUCCAGGACGUGGUUCUCAACUACACAUGGCAUGUUAAUGUGCCGCUGAGCGACGGCUUCAUUGCUGUCCAUCCGUUGGACAACGAAAUUGUGGUGGCCUGGGCAGGCACCCAUCGGUACCGCGCAGUGAUCACAGACAUGUCUGUGGUUACAGUGCCGUUUAUACCUGGUGCCAGAAUGGGUGUUCACAGUGGAUUUUUAGAUUCAGUGCGUGGUGUGAUAGACGAAGUCAAGACCCGGCUGAAAAUGCUUUUGGUCGACUACCCCGACAGCAUGGUUAUUUUUACGGGCCAUUCAAAAGGCGGUGCAGAGGCCGCACUGAGCGCCCUAGAGCUCGUGCGCAGCAUCCCCGAGUUGAGGAGUCGCAUGCGGGUGUGGACCUUUGGCGAGCCGCGGCUUGGGGAUGUUGAGUUUGCCGGGUAUUACAACAGUCAGUUAGGUGCGGUAACAUACAGGGUGACAAGUGCAGCCGACCCUGUGGUCGCCAUGCCGCCGCAAUUCCUGUUCAAUUAUUGCCACCACAACCUGGAAAUAUGGCUCAUUGGAACUCAGGGCGACGUCUAUGUCAGCCAGAAUCGCACAGGUUGUUUUGAGGAUCCAAAUGCCAGCCAGUCUGUAAGUUUUUACGAAAGAUCCAUCUCGUGGCACAAAAAUUACUUGGGGUUGCCACCGCCAGACCAUGCAGCGGCCGAGUUUAGCUGGUGACUAGAAUGAGCAUGUUGCUCUCUCUCUCUGUCUAUCUGAUUCUUUCAGACAAAUUUAUGAAAAAAGAGGCUUGCACAUGCUUAUUUUUUGAUCGUCGCAAUAAAUAAAGCGACGCUCUUGUUUUAGCAGGUUUCUAGCUAGUAGUUAUAAUACAGGUUUUAUUUUGCAAAAGCAUUGCUUACCGAAACUGUAAAUACAUCUGGGACGAUCGAGAUCGGAUGGUUCGUCCCUAUUAUCCACGUGUUUUUUUUCCUUUUCCUUUAUUAUUUUUGAC